AUGAUUAAAUUAACAGUAAGAAGAAGUGUUUCUGAUGGUUUUAAAUCCUUUUUUAACAAUCUCGAAAGGUAUAAGAAUCUGAGUUAUGCAGAUAAAAACAAAUUAUUGUCGCAGUUUGACUUGAAGGUACACAUUAGUUUAUUAAUCAUGGAAGUUGGUCCUGAAGUUAUCUCAGAAAUAAAUAAAAAAUUGGACCUUCCUGAUAACACACAUGUAUCCGAUAAGAAGAGCGAUGUCGGAGAAUUCGACCACCUUACCUUCAUAAAAAGAGAGUUAAAAAGAUUGAAAAGCUCACCCUUAAAGAAAAAACAACUCUUGAGGAAAGAAAUAGUAAUAAAAGGACCAAAUAAGUUUUAUUUUGGCAUAGAUCCAACAAAGGAACUUGACCCUAUUGAAAUAAAGUCACCUUUAUUCUCAACAGAAAAGGAAAGCGAGUCUCUGGUUUCGGAUGUUAAGAAGGCUACAAGAUAUGAGCUAGUGCAACAAAUUUUAGAGGAUUCAAGACCAGUACCACAGCAUGCUCUAACGGAUGAUUUUUUGGAUGUUCUAUCCAGAGCAAUAGAAGAGAAUCUUUCAAAUUUAGAGAGGCCAACAUUGGUUAACGAGCUCUCAGAUUAUAGGCCAGCUUACGCUUUAAAAAGAGCAGCAUUUCGAAAUUUACUCCUUAACAAGUGUGUUAGAAAUGCUUUUGAGGAUAGCAGAGUAGAAAAGUUUAUAGAUUCUCAGAUAGAAGUUUACAAACAAAGGCUAAAUGCUCCAUUGCCACCUGAGGUUUUAGAGCCACUGCUUGCCUUCAGAGGAGAUGUUUACUACUCAUUCUCACCAAUGAAACGCCUUCAACAGAAGUUAAAUGGAAUUAACAUAAUAGUUGACUCAAUUUCUAAGGGUUUGUUUGAAAUGGUGUUUAUGUCAUUAGGUGAGGACGUUUUAUCAAAACUCCCUGAAUUUGCUAAAAAAACUGAUUACCCAUUCAAUAACUAUUACGGUUUCAAAUCUUCAGUACCAAAUGAAGUUACUGGUUCCAUAAGGAUGGGGAAGGAGAACAGGGAAGAUGAUUUGAGGUACCCAAAUCUUCAGUGUGUAGCACAUUCUCUUCCCAAGGACCCAAAGUACAGAGCAAUAGUAUCGCAUUCGAUAAAGGUGCUUGAGAGAAGCAAAGGAUGGGACCAAACCAGUAAGAUAAAGGCCAUCAACAGGCUAAUUAACGUGUACAAUAGUAUGAGCUCAUCCGAUUAUUACUCGAGGGUAAUGGAAAAAUCAGUUCCAACUGAUGAUUCUAAGCCUAAGGUCAUAAAAACCCUAACUAGGCAGGAGGUGUUUAAUAAGGGCCUUCGCUAUAUCCAAUCUCUCUUUAGGAAUCACUGGAACCGCUCUAAGCGUAAAUAG